AUGCCAUCCAGGGAGUUGUACAUAGUCAGGGAGGGGAAGAAGUCUCUGGUACACAAGGCUAAGAAGGAGGGGGCGCAGCAUGACAUUCUGGCCACAGCACUGGGUUUGAGAAUGGUGUCAGGGACCCAGAAGCCCCCUGCCACCUUCUGGCAACCUCUCAAACUGUUUGCCUAUUCACAGCUCACCUCGCUGGUCCGUCGAGCCACCCUGAAGGAGAACGACCACGCGACCAAGUAUGAGAAAGUCCACAAUUUCAAGGUAAGACCUGACUCUGCCUGCUCAGCGCUUCUUACUUUUCCUUAUCUGCUGUCCCCUUUUCACUGCCUUUAUGAUGGUUAUGUAACAUUUGAAGUUGUUUGAUUGGCGUAAUUUACGUUUUUGGAAUGUGCAGAGGGGGAGAAAAUUGGCUGUUUGUAAAAAAAAAAAAAAGAAUCUCUGAUGGGCUUCCGACUAGUGAGCAGCAUUUUGAGUAGUCAUAUGAUGGAGAAGGGGGGAUUGCAGUAGUCCUCAGCAACUGAUAGUGUAGUCUGACUGGCUACUGGACCUGUCGUGGGUAGCUCAUAUAAACGGGGAGAGGGCGAGGUAGCAAAGCUACCUGACAACACAACACAGCCCUUAUGCCCAUUCUGCCCAGCCAGACGCUUGGGGACUCAGCCUCAUCUUGCUAACCACGCCUCUUACCAGUCAAACACAACCACCAUCUUCUCCUAAAAUACUCUCAGCCAACAGCCAGUUAUUAUUUCACUAGAGCAUGAGACAUAAAGUGAAAAUCUGAAAUAUUGCGUAUCCGUUGUUUCAUAAAUGCAAUGAAUAUAAUGGAUUAAUAUGUUCUAUUCAUAAAAGCACAAAAAAGUGUCAUUUAAAAAGGUAUAGCCAUUUAACAAUCAUUAUUUUUGUUUUGUAAGAUAUUUAUUUUUAAACCAAGACGGCAAUAACACCAGUCAUUAGGUUCUCUCAUUUGUUGUUUGUCUUGGGCUUACAUAGUCUCUGUCAUUUGCACAAGAUGCCUAUCCUCCACUUUCCCAUUCCCAAAAUAAUCUAAAACAACAAGGGGUCUGAUUUAUUUUUUUGGGUAAUCAUAUAUCUCCUCGAAAUCUUAUGAGUCCACAAUGCUUUUCACUGGAGAUAAAUGUUGACCAUUUCUGAUGUGGUCCCUUUUAGAUAUCAGUGAUAAUCCUGGCAUUGUGUCAACCAUGGUACACACACACACACACAAACAAACAAACAAACAAACACACACACACCACCUCUACUCUCCAACCCCAAUUAAGGCCUGCCAGUCUGCUUUCUAGCGCUGGUUAUCUCUCUCACAGGGAUAAUUCCCCAAUUGGCUCCUUCAGAGCCAGGGGAAAGUCUGUCCAUCUAUCCUUCCAUCCAGUAAAAAGGUGACCAUGUUGUCCAUCCUCUCUUCCUCUCCCCUGCAGGUGCACACCUUCCGGGGACCCCACUGGUGUGAAUAUUGUGCCAACUUCAUGUGGGGCCUCAUCGCUCAGGGAGUUAAAUGUGCA